AUGAGGAAUGUCGACGAGCAGGCGGUGGCUGAGUGGCAGGCGUCCACUGAGUUGUUUCCCUGUGACCGGGGCUGGUGCGUCAAGCUGGUGCCCCGUUGGAAACGCCUUCUCAGGCGCACCAAGCAGCGCCUUGCGAAAAUUGUUGGGCGCCGUUCCCAGGCGUCGAUUAGCGUCGCCAGGUAUCCCAGGGAGCCCUGCUCCGCCACGAUAGGCUGGGACGAUGUGACCUUCAAACGGAAGACCUACCACGAGAUCGGAAGCAGCGAGGAUCUAGAGGAAAUAAUCAAGGGGACGGCCAGCCAGCCUGUUCGAUCGAGCUUCAUGGCGGUGGCGCUGUGCAGGAGCGCGGUCGAGGCGCUGCUGGCUCGAGACCGGUCGGUGGCGCUGAGGGUGUACGGCACAUACGCCACGUGGCAUCGGCUGUACGGUACGGAACGGGGGGCGGAAGGGAGCCCGGACGGAGGGGCUGUGGCGCUUAGGUACAUAGCGGAGAGCCCGCAUGUUGUGAGGGGCAGUGCACUAGAGCUGAUGCGCCAGGACGGUGGUGACUAUAUCAGGAUUCGGGGCGGCGGGGGUAUGUGGUGCAAGCUGGCUAACAGCCCGGGGGCCACAGUGCUCGAACUGGCGGGAGAGGAGAUCGCCGAUGGGGAAGUCAGCGCGGAGGGGAGGCGCAGCAUAAAGUUGUACGACACGCACCAAAGCUUGGUGUCCAUAGGGAAUCGGGAGAUUGCGACGCUGCACGCGAACUUGAUCCAGCCAGUGCUGGCUACGUCCAGGAAGAACAGCACGGGCGCGAUCUGCAACCACAAGAUGCUGCAGUUCCUGCUGACGCAGAUGGACAAGCUGGAGGAGGUGGUGCGCGGCCUGCUCGGAGCGUCGCUGACUGCGGAGGAGGAGCAGCGCUGCAGGGAGUCUUUUGCAGACCUGAAGCGGUGUGUGGACCAGGGCGGCAAGCUCAUCGAGCGCCAUUCCAGGGACUUCGACCUUGACAAGUUCUACAGGUUCGACGACGCUAAAGAGGGAGUGGAGCAGAUAUGCGAGGAGAUACAGUUGUCGGUGUCCAGGCUGGCCGCGGUGGGGGUGAGGAUCAACACGCGGGUGCCAUCGGAGGCCGUACGCGAGGACGAGCGGUUCUUCAGGACCAGCCUCAAGUUCGUGCUGAAGCGGCGGAGUUUCAGCAUCGAUCGGCAGGACUCGCAGAAAUGGGCAGCUGUGGAGGACAAGUGGACCCUCGCGAGGGACAGCAAUGAGGAGAGGCUGAAGAGCGUGCCUUGCGUGCACAAUGAUCAUGUGGUCGUGGGGGAGAAGAUUGGGGUCGGUCGGUGCGCGGUGUUCAAAGGCGAGGUAGUGCCUCAGGUGGGGACAGCGAUGCCGGAGCCCAGCACUGCGAACGGCGCCACAUCUCUCAGCGACCUGCCGCUUGUCAGGAGCGAUGAAAUCUUCGUUGGGGCGAACAUUGGAGGGGGCGUGUUCAGAGGCGAGAUGAGCGCGCAGACGGUGGUGCGGCAGAACAGCGGAGGUGGCGUGUUCAGAGGCGAGAUGAGUGCGCAGACGGUGGCGGUGAAGAAGCCCAGAGUGCAGGACGACAACGACCUGGAGGGAUACCUUGAGUGCAUCAAGGAGAUCUGCAUGCACCAUUCCCUCGUGCACGACCACAUCGCGAAGCUGCUGGCCGUGACCUCCUCCGGCUGGAUGCUGAUGGAAUGGGCACCCACAGAUCUACAGAGCCUGUGCCAGAAUCGCGAGCUGGACUGGUGCACGAAGGCCAGGUUUCUGCUUGGAGUGGCGUGCGCCCUGGAGUAUAUGCACAGCCAGAGCCCUGCCGUAAUCCACUGCGACGUGAAAAGCCCCAAUGUCCUCAUCUUUGGCGACCUGGAGGAUCUGCCCAACUGCGUCGCAAAGAUAACAGACUUCGGGCUGUCUGUGCACAACAACUGGACGGUCACCCAGAGCAUCACCAGGAGGGGCGGGGGCACGCCUCCAUGGAUGGCCCCUGAGCUGUACGAAGACAUGCCGCCUUCCACCGCCUCAGAUGUCUUCGGCCUGGGCGUCAUAAUGUACGAGGUGGCGUCGCAACAGCCGAUCUAUGGGGGCCCCAGGGCAACGCAGGAGUACAUUAUGAGGCAAAAACUCGAUGGUGUACCUCCGUGCGAAAUUCCUGAUGACUGUCCGCCCAGACUGGCAGAACUCAUGGAAAGCUGUUGUGGACGCGACUACCAACUGCGCCCCACCAUACACGAGGUCACUGCUUGCCUUCGCAGAAUCGCUUUAUAG